AUGGCGACAGAGGAGCAGCUGCUAAAGCUUCAGGUGUCAGGCUUGGAUGGCCAGAGCUUCACCUUCCACGUGGACGAGAAUCUGCUGGGCCGAGCUUUGUGGCAGCGGGUCGUUGAGCAGUUACCGCCCAAGGCAGGCGCUCGAGUGGUGCUGCUGAAGGGAGCGGAGAAGCUUUGCAUGAAGAAGACCUUGAAGGAGCAAGGGCUGAGCGGUGACGCGUCCGACGUGCCGUGCUUGUCCUUCGUCUACCGUCCGGUGAACUUGUUGGACGCCUGGCGCUUCCUGUCCGAUCCCAGCGAUGGGGAGGGCCAGGAGCUCUUGGAGGGCCUCACCGAACUCGUGGACGUCGCCAGAAAACCGGAGCUUUUGCCCAGUACUUUGAAGAAGCUUCGGAUCGACUUCGACGAAGUCGAGGAGACGCACGGCGAUCAGACGGAGAGGGCGCCUUCUUUUCCAGCUGCUUUAGAGAGCCUCACCUUCGGCGAUCGCUUCGACCAGAGUUUGCUCCACUUCCGAUGGCCCCAUCUCCGAAGGAUGGCCUUUGGGUGGCAUUUCAAUCAGACCUUGGAGAAUAUCACUUGGCCCAGCCAGUUGCAGAGCCUCACAUUGGGUUGGAAGUUCAAUCAGAGUUUGGAAAGGGUCGACUUCCCAAAGACUCUGCAGAGCUUGACUUUGGGGAGUUGCUUCAACCAGAGUUUGGGUGUGAAUUGGCCCAGUACCCUUACGAACCUCACACUUGGUGAAUUCUUUGACCAGAGUUUGGAUGGGGUUGCUUUGCCCGAGAGGCUUCAUAGCCUGACAUUUGGCAGCAACUUUAAUCAGAAGUUGCAAGGAGUGAUAUGGCCAAAUGAUCUUCAUAAUCUAAUCUUCGGAACUGGCUUCAACCAAAGCUUGGAAGGUUGCCAUUUGCCAAGAAAUCUCCAGAACUUGACAUUCGGCCAUACUUUCAAUCAAAGCUUGCGAGGAGUGGUUCUACCAGAUCAGUUAAGGCUCCUAAAGUUUGGCCGUUACUUCAACCAGUGCUUGAAAGAAGUGACAUUUCCAAGCAACCUCCAGAGCCUGACACUUGGGGACUGCUUCAAGAAGAGCUUGGCCGACGUGAACCUGCCCCAUAACCUUCAACACCUGGUGUUCAGCAGCGAUGUGAACUUGCACAAGUUGACUUUGCCAAGUCUUCGAAGUCUAACGUUGCAACAGGACAUCGGCGAACUGAUUUGGCCCAGAAACCUUGAAGAGCUAACCUUCGACGUGCGCAAAACGUGUCAAAAAUGGAUCGCACCGGCGGCCUUUCCUGAGAGCUUGCAAAGCUUAACGUUUGGAUAUAGAUUCAACCACAGUUUGGUAGAUGUGAUAUGGCCAAAGAACCUCCAAGAGCUUACCUUCAGCGAGUGUUUCAAUCAGACACUGGAAGGGGUGAUGUUGCCCGACAGCAUCCAACGUCUGACGUUUGGCUAUUUCUUCAAUCAAAGUUUGGAAGCUGUUGCGCUGCCAAGCCAUCUUCGGAGCCUGGUCUUUGGUGAAGCCUUUAACUGCAGUCUGGAACAGGUUCGUCUUCCAAGCAGUCUCAGGAGCCUGGUCUUUGGCUGCAGCUUCAAUCAGCCCUUGGAUCGCAUCACCUGGCCGCCCUUGGAAAGCCUCACCUUCGGCGAAGGCUUUGAUCAAAGCUUGCUUGACGUAGUACUUCCCAGCACUCUUCAAAGCCUGGCUUUGGGCUACAGCUUCAAUCAGCCAUUGCUUGGUGUGAUCUUCCCCGAGAAGCUUCACAGCCUCAGCUUGGGCAAAGGCUUCGACCAAUGUCUCCGUUCCGUCGCAUGGCCCAGCGGCCUCCGGCGGCUGCGCCUGGGCGCAGAGCUGUCCGUGGAGCGGCUUCCGCAGAUCGAUGGCCUCCGGCACUUGGAGUGUGGACGGUUGGUGAUCAGCGCAGAAACGGAAGACAUGGAUGACAUGUUGAGAGAUGAGAAAUGA